AUGAUUAGAAGCUUUCCGUCGGUUGGUAAAUCGACGCUACUAUGUAACCUUGCUGGUGUUUAUUCGGAAGUAGCAGCAUAUGAAUUUACUACCCUUACGACGGUACCAGGUGUCAUUCGAUAUAAAGGUGCCAAAAUGCAGCUUUUGGAUUUGCCUGGAAUCAUUGAGGGUGCAAAAGAUGGAAAAGGACGUGGUCGACAAGUAAUUGCUGUGGCACGAACAUGUUCAUUAAUUUUGAUGAUAUUGGAUGUUAUGAAGCCUCUGCAACAUAAAAAAUUGCUUGAACGGGAAUUGGAAGGCUUUGGCAUACGAUUGAAUAAAUCACCGCCAAAUAUUGCUUUUAAACGUAAAGAAAAAGGUGGACUAAAUUUAACUUGUUUGGUCCCACAAUCGGAACUGGAUGCGGAGAUAGUAAAAAGUAUUUUAGCAGAAUAUCGUAUACACAAUGCCGACGUAUCUCUAAAGUAUGAUGCUACAUCGGAGGAUUUAAUUGAUGUUAUUGAAGGGAACAGAUACACCAAACCGAAAGGACAGUUGCCUGAUUACAAUGCACCCAUUAUAUUACCAGCAGAAACACGAACUGUUGAUGAUUUAUGUUUCAAAAUUCAUAAAACUCUCCAGAAGGACUUCAAAUUUGCAUACGUCUGGGGAAGUUCGGCGAAACAUAAUCCACAAAGAGUGGGAAAAGAACAUGUAUUGAACGACGAAGAUGUCGUACAAAUCGUCAAAAAGCUAGAACAGACAGUUUUUCUACACGCAAUAACAGGGACUAAUUAUCCAAACACCGACUAG